UUAUUUGGGACACUGAGCGGGAAAUAAAUCAUCCUCGUGAGUUGUCUACUGCAGAUGGCAUGUUAAGGCGAGUGGAGUUCCCUAGCGCUUCUAGUGCGAAAUCUGGGCUUCUUGCCGCCAAAUGACGGGUAGCUUUUUCAGUCCGAUCUUCGCACCCCGAAAGCGUUAAUUCAGAAACGCGUCCGAUUCCCGUCACGCUGGCAAAGGUGGAUCUAUAAUUUCCCAAGGUCUUCAUUUCCAUCUGAUUUGAUUACACAGCUUGCAGUUCAUCUUUUUAUGAGGGACUAGACCAACCCAUGGUCUCAGUAAGUCAUAGCAAACUGGUAUCUGUUUCUGGUCCAUUGUUUGCCCCAACCUUUGAUCAGCAAGAUAACAUAUUAGAUGUUCUCAAGCCUGACAUGCCACCAUUAAAUUUACUGCAGGAUUGCAGCAGUGAACAAGUAUCUGUUUCAGCUGUUACCUCAAAUACAGUCUGUACAUCAGAGAUGGGUGUCUCAUUGUCAAUGAUAAAGAAGGAAGUGGAGAAACCACAGAAUACCAUCUAUGAGGCUUAUCUCAAGCUACCAGAUUUUUGUUCUGAAGUCUCUAGAGAGUUCAUCCCUACACUGGAAGAGAUUGAGGAGUUCCUCAAUGAGAAGAAGGCACUUCUCAAGGAUGAGAUGAAUGACAAGCAGCCAGGAGGACAACUUGAGAUAAAAUCUGAAAUCAAUGUAAGUAAUGCAGGGGAACAGUCUGCUGCUGGAACUGAUCUAGAUGAAGGCGUUUCUAGCUCUGUUCAGGCUGAAGUAGUAUCUGGAGACACAAACAUGCCUGGAACCAUGGGGACAAUCCCUGUUCUCCUUCAGGUGCAGCCUGUCCAAGCAGAAGAUAGCUCAUCCAUCCAGAGCUCUCUUGGUGGUAUCCGGGUGGCCCACUUGAUCAUCAGAAUGCAAGGCCAGAGCUUGACUGUUUAUCCUCAGGUCACCCCAAGUCCUGUGAAAGGCACAGACCAGAAGUAUGUACGAAUAGCCCCUUUGCCUGUGGCACUGAGGCCAGAAGUUCUUGGAAAUCCAAGGAGUAUAGAAACCAAGGUACCCAAAGUUUCCCCUUCUGUUAUCCGAGUCCACAAGUGUACACAUCCUGGCUGCACCAAGAUGUAUACCAAGAGUUCCCAUCUUAAGGCACACUUCCGACGUCAUACUGGAGAAAAGCCUUAUACCUGUACUUGGCCUGACUGUGGUUGGAGGUUUUCCCGUUCAGAUGAGCUCUCUCGCCACAAGCGCUCCCAUUCUGGACUCAAACCUUACCAGUGCCAAGUGUGCGAGAAGAAAUUUGCCCGCAGUGACCACUUAUCUAAACAUAUGAAGAUCCACAAAGGGUCAUUCAGUUCAGGAAGUCAAACAGCAGGUUGUUUUCGUAAUAGUUAACCAACACUCUGCUUUCUUGCCAAGAGAAGAAUUCCCGUCAACUCAAAGGACAACUGAAUAGAAAAUACGAUUUUUCUUUAGGAGAAGAGGAAAUUAGAAAAUGACUUGUUUAAGUCUGGGGGAAGCCUAUUUCUGUUUGAAUGUGUCUUGCAAUUAGGGUUUGCCUCCAAGUCAAGAUCUUUGAUACAUGUUAAUAAUUGUAAAUUAUAUCUGAGAGGAAAAUGUGACAAUUUAGGAUGUGGAGAAUGGCAUGAAAUCCUGUUUCAUACUGAAUUUUGUAAAUGUACAUAUUGUUCAGGAAUUCUGUUAAGCUGUACACAAAGGGACAGUAUUCAAACGCAAGUUACGUUUUUCAUCAUUUCUCAGUCUAGCCCUAUUUGAUCAGUCUGGCAUUUAUUCUAAAACCAAGACAAUGGGAGAAGAUUAUUUCAAGUUGAAAUGCAUGCAAGUGAAUAUCAAUUACAAUUUCCCAAAUCCA